AUGUCUCGUUUGCGUCAGGUCCUUCAGAGAUUCCUAGGGGCUGCCCCGUCACCUGGUCUACGGUCUCGAGCCAUUGACACCAAUUUCUCCGUCUUCAGAGAGGGAGACCGAAUUGUCCUACAUGGCAAGCAGCCCUCAUUGUCGAAGCCAUUGAAGAAGGGCGAGAAGCUACAGACCCAUCGGGGAACUGUGAGCCAUGACACGAUCCUCAGCAAACGUAUCUGGGAUACGGUACAGUCAAGCAAAGGUGCUUCGAUUCGAGUUAGCCUCCCCACACUGGAAGAAUACGUCGCCCUGACUCCUCGUCUGGUCACGCCGAUCUACCCCCAGGAUGCCAAUUUGAUUGCUUCCCUCCUCGACGUCCAUCCCAAUACCCCUGCUGCGGGCGAAAACCAACCCUCAUUGGAGAUUCUCGAGUCCGGAACUGGCCAUGGGUCUUUGACAUUACAUCUGGCGCGUGCCAUUCAUGCAGCCAACAGCACACCGCCACCUCACCCAUCCCGAUCGCAGAUCACCUACCUAGAGGGUCGAGUCAACAGGCCAGGAGAGACGGAAUCGGGCCAAUCCAAAGAGAAAGAAGCCGAGACAGCUGUGGACCCGGUACAGGAAGAAUGGGAUGCGUGGCGAGCGCAACGCAAUGCUGUGAUUCACACGGUGGACGUCUCGCCCAAGUUCUCAGCAUUGGCCGAGAAGAACGUGCGAGGCUUCCGCCGUGGAAUCUACGCCGGCGACACCGACUUCUACGUUGGACCUGUUGAGAAGUGGAUUGCGCAGCAGAUGCAGCAGCGGAAAAAGACCGGGCUGGCUGCAUUGACUGGGAACGGCACUGUUGAGCCAUUUUUGUCCCACGUUAUUCUGGACAUGCCUUCUUCGAACCUCAGAAUUCCGCACGUUACACCGGCCUUGAAGCGCAAUGGAUACCUCGUGGUCUUCAUGCCCAGUAUCACCCAAAUUGGCGAGUGUCUGCAAUUGAUCAAGGACCAGCGGUUGCCUCUUGUCCAAGAGCGCGUCGUUGAGCUUGGUAACGGCAUCAGCGGUGGUCGCCUAUGGGAUGUGCGGUUCGCGACUAAGAAGUCCGGCGCGGAUCCAUCGUCUUGGGCUGUUUCGUCUGAUGCGGAGGGCGCUAGCCCUGCUGCUGAUGCCGAAGAAGCCAGCGCUAGCGAUGCUGCUUCUGAGGUGUCUACGGAGGAAUCCCCGAGAGGGGGAGAAUCUGUUCUGGUCUGCCGGCCCAAGGUUGGAGUUCGCAUCCAGGGCGGCGGCUUCGUAGGGAUCUGGCGGCGUAUCGAAGAUUCUUCUCGGUGA